GUCGAUUUUUCUUUUGUUCUUUAUUUCUUCAACUCCUCCCUCCUCCCGCAGAUCCACCACAAAAUUUCUUUAAUUUCUAUCUCCCUUCUCAAAAACCCUAAUAAAAAUUUUGCGUUCUUCUUCAUCAAUCUUCUGCGAUGAAGGAGUUUUCAUCGACGAUCUCCACCCAUAUUCGUUUUCUUCUGCAGAGUUUGAAUGGAUCCAACUCUGACUCUGUGAUUCGAGAGCUUACUGAGUUAGCGGAACAUGGAUUAGAAGGAAGCUUAUUGAUCUUGCAGACCUGCUUGGAUUGCAUGCAUUUAAAUGGGGCAGAUGUGAAGAAUGUCAAUUUACACUCAGUUAUCUCAUCUGUUUUUAGAUUCAUUAUGGACAAACCAAACUUCAGUACCGUCCUUUGUCAGUCUCUUAAAAACAUUGCUAUUAAAGAUGGAUUCCUAGAUGAUUUAUCAACUGCAUUGUCUCUUUCUAUUUCUGAAAAAAUUGCUACUGGUCUUGCAUUGUCGGAGAGUGAGAGUCCGGAAGCCAGACUGAUAGGGACAAAUUUCUGCAUGAAUCAGAUUGAGGGACUGUUUGCUAAUCCGAGUACCAUUGAAUCCACUGAGAAAAUCCAGAAUAUAUUUAUGUUCCUACAUCAAUGUGAGGGUCUCUCAAAGCAUGUUGAUACCUUUACACAGAUGCUGAGUUUAAUGCAGCUGAAAGAAGGUGUUCCAUUUGUUUUGGCUCCAAUGUUCCCAGAUGACCUGAGUGACACUAAAUUUCUCAGGAGCAUGGAUUUAUUUUACGAUGCUAAUGAAGAUGACUUUGAUGCUAUUGUUGCUGAAAUGGAGAAAGAGAUCAGUAUGGCAGAUAUCAUGAAAGAACUGGGCUAUGGAUGCACUACCAAUGCUGCAAAAUGCAAGGAAUUAUUGUCACUUUUUAUGCCACUCACUGAAGCAACCAUUGCAAGGAUACUUGGCAUAGUUGUUCGUACUCAUGCUGGUCUUGAGGAUAAUGCCACUACAUUUUCGUCUUUCUUAUCCGCAAUUGGUAGCAGUCCAUUAUCUGAUAUUCCAUGCCCCAGUUCAUGGGAUGUCAGUAUCCUUGUUGAGACAAUUAAGCAACUUGCACCCGAAACUAACUGGGUUGGGGUUAUGGAGAAUUUGGACCACGUGGGAUUCUAUAUUCCUAAUGAGAAUGCCUUCUCAUUUUUUAUUGCUAUUUACAAGCAUGCCUGUCAAGACUCCUUUCCGUUGAAUGCUAUUUGUGGGUCAGUUUGGAAGAACUCUGAGGGGCAAUUGUCCCUUCUUAAGUAUGCAGUAUUUGCACCACCUGAAUUAUUUACCUUUUCUCAUUCAGUUAGGCAACUGGUUUAUGUUGAUGUAGCCCAUGUGCUAAAAUCUCAACCCGAGCAGUUCAAUCAUGCAUGGUUAUGUCUUGAUCUUUUGGAUGUACUGUGCCAAUUGGCUGAGAGGGGUCAUGCUGCUACUAUCCAGUUAAUGCUUGAGUAUCCUCUUAAGCACUUUCCUGAGUUGCUACUACUUGGACUAGCACAAAUUCAAACACCUUAUAAUCUUCUUCAACAUGAAGUUUCCUCAUUUGUUCUACCAAGGAUAAUUGCUAAUGCAGGUAGAACAGAAGUAAUCCAUCACCUUUGGCAGAUCAACAAUUGUCUGGUAUUGCGUGGAUUUGCUGAUUUAGUGAUUAAUGAUUGCGACAACAUUCACAGGGUUUUAGAAAUAUGCCAGGAAACAAAGAUUCUCAACCAUGUCUUGGAGCGGAUGCCUUUUUCUUCUGCCAUCAAAUUGGCAGCAUUUGCUUCUGAAAAGGAUUGUUUAGAUCUUGAGAGAUGGUUGUGUGAUAAUCUAAUGACAAGUAAAGACACCUUUUUAAAGGAGUGCUUGAAGUAUCUCAAAGAGGUUCGAUCUCGAACAACAUCAGAAGAGAACGCUAACAGACUGCAUCAAACUGCUUCACCUGCUAAUAGCUCUCAGAGUGCUUCGGUUAUCUUGAAGGUCCUUCAAGCUAAUGCUUCCACAAUGUCCUCCAAAAGUCUUUGUGAAGAAAUUGAUAAAUUGCAAAUAUCUCUUUUAAGUGGAAACUUGGCUCCGCAGAAUGAGGGUGUUAUUGAUUCACCCUCUUCAAAUUAUUCGGAUGAUAUCGAAGCAGAGGCAAACUCUUAUUUUCAGUUGAUGUUUUCCGAGCAGCUUACUAUUGAUGGGAUGGUUGAAAUGCUUGCGCGUUUCAAAGAAUCCUCUGAGAAAAGAGAACAAUCCAUCUUUGAGUGUAUGAUCUCCAAUCUGUUUGAAGAAUAUAGGUUUUUCCCUAAAUAUCCUGAAAGGCAGCUUGGAAUUGCUGCUGUAUUAUUAGGCUGUCUCAUCAAGAAUCAGCUAGUAACUCAUCUGACUCUUGGUAUUGCACUUCGUUGUGUUUUGGAUGCGUUGAGAAAGCCUGCUGAUUCUAAGAUGUUUGCGUUUGGUACCAGGGCUUUGGAGAAGUUUGUCAGUCGUCUGGAUGAGUGGCCCCAAUAUUGUAAUCAUAUCUUGCAGAUAUCUCACCUUCGUGGCUCUCACCCUGAACUUGUUGCAUAUAUUGAAGGCGUUCUUGCCCGAAAAUCUCAUGGUGGAAAUGGUGCUGUUGAUCAACUAAAUAUGUCGUCUCUUGGAACACCUGGCAUUGAGAUAAUCAAAUCUACUACUUCACAAUUGAGGCAGCCACUGUCAUCUCCGUUACCAGUUCAAUCUAGGUCUGCAGGUCUGAUUGAUGAUGGAAAUAAGACAAACUCUAAUAUGAAUAUCAUCACAAAGCCAUUUGUAGCUGCUUCGGUCCAAUCUACUAAUACAUCUUUAGCUGAUGCGGUUGGUGUUGCGAAGAUACCAAGUUCACAGCCUGGGCCUGGAGCACUGUUGUCUAAUAAUCCUGCUCGAAACCGAGGAGUUACUAAUGCUCGUUUUGGUUCUGCCUUGAACAUAGAGACCCUCCUUGCUGCUGCAGAGCAAAGACAAACUCCUAUAGAGCCGUCAUCUGAGAUUCAGGACAAAAUUUCAUUCAUUAUUAACAACAUUGCUGUUACUAAUGUGGAAGCCAAAGCUAAAGAAUUCUCUGACAUCUUAAAGGAUGAGUAUUUUCCCUGGUUUGCACAAUAUAUGGUGAUGAAAAGGGCUAGCAUUGAACCAAACUUUCACGAGUUGUAUCUUAAGUUUCUAGAUAAGGUUGAUUCUAAAGCCCUGAACAAGGAUAUUGUUCAAGCAACAUAUGAAAAUUGCAAGGUUCUUUUAGGUUCGGAGCUAAUAAAGUCGAGUUCUGAAGAGCGUUCUUUAUUAAAGAAUUUGGGAAGCUGGCUUGGGAAACUUACAAUAGGUAGAAAUAAAGUUCUAAGGUACCUGGAACUGGAUCCCAAAUCUUUGAUUAUAGAGGCUUAUGAGAAAGGAUUGAUGAUUGCUGUGAUUCCUUUUACUUCCAAGAUUCUUGAACCAUGUCAAAGUAGUGUAGCGUACAAACCUCCAAAUCCUUGGACAAUGGGGAUACUUGCCUUGCUUGCUGAAAUCUAUGCGAUGCCAAACUUGAAGAUGAACCUUAAAUUUGACAUUGAGGUGUUGUUUAAAAAUCUGGGGGUUCAAAUAAAAGAAGUGACCCCAACAUCUUUGUUGAGAGUCCGUGCUCGGAUAAUUGAAGGAAAUCCUGAUUUUUCGAACAAAGAUUUUACUGCAACUCAUCCAUCCAUUUCUUCUGAAGAUCAAGUGUUAAUACCUGAGCCCGUUGAGCCUCCUAAAGCUCAACUUUCAGUUCCAUUAUCUCCAUUUGCUGUUCCUUCUGAGGAUGAUAAAGUGGGUAGCAUGGGGUUUUCUGAUCAGCUUCCUUCAGGUCCAGGGUUGCUACAAUCUACUGGUUCUCAAUCACCAUACAACAUGAAUCAGUUACCUCUUUCAAUUCCAAAUCUUGGGGUACAUGUUGUUGUGAAUCCAAAGCUCAAUCCCCUGGGCCUUCAUGUACACUUUCAAAGAGUGCUUCCGCUUGCCAUGGAUAGAGCCAUCAAGGAGAUUGUGCCUGGAAUAGUGCAGCGUAGUGUUUCCAUUGCUACUCAAACAACUAAAGAACUUGUUGCUAAGGAUUAUGCUUUGGAGUCUGAGGAGGUACGUAUAUAUAAUGCUGCACAUCUGAUGGUUGCUAGUCUUGCUGGAAGCCUAGCUCAUGUGACUUGCAAGGAACCAUUGCGUGGCUCAAUAUCAAGUCAGUUACGUAAUAUGCUUCAGGGGGUAACGAUUGGCAGUGAUAUUCUAGAGCAGUACGUGCAACUAGUGACCAAUGAUAACCUUGAUCUGGGUUGUGCAAUGAUUGAACAAGCGGCAACAGAGAAGGCUGUACAAACUGUUGAUGGGGAAAUCUCGCAACAACUAUCUUUGAGAAGGAAGCACAGAGAAACUCUUGGUUCCUCGAUAUACGAUGCUACCGUAUAUGCGCAAGGUCCUAUGGGUGUCCUGCCUGAGACUCUUCGUCCUACCCCUGGACGUUUGUCUGUUUCCCAGCAACGCGUUUAUGAGGAUUUUGUGCGUUAUCCCUGGCAAAACCAGCAGCCAAGUCAAAGUGCUAAUGCUAUACUUGCUGCUCAUUCCCCUUCACUUGGUGGUGGGAGCUUCCCACGCUCAUUCAGUUCAUCUUCAGGACAACCAAGUGCAGCGAUUGUCUACUCUGGACUAGGAAAUACAACUUUUGCUGGUAUGCAAUCUGGUGACCUUGUUCCUGAAGAGAUGGAACCAUCUUCGACUCAUUUAUUAAGCCCUGCUAUUAGCCAGAUUAGAAUUUCUGAUAAUGUGGGUUCACAGCGCUCUGAAAUCGAAUCAAUUUUACUGACUUCUGGUUCAUCGACUCUGGAAACGCGACCAAUUGAAUCCUUUACAAAUAUUAAGGAAUCUGGAAUAACCUCUCAGCCACUACCUAUGGGAUCUACACCUGUUGGGACUAGUCUCAUGGAAGCUUUAUUAACUACUGGAGAAGCGCUGGAAAAAUACCAGCUAGUUGCACAGAAGCUAGAAGCUGCAGUCAUUAAUGAUGGCAGAGAAGCUGAGAUUCAGUCUAUUGUUUUGGAGGUUCCACAGAUCAUACUAAGAUGUGUCAGUCGAGAUGAAGCUGCUCUAGCAGUUUCACAAAAGGUUUUCAAGGCUUUGUAUGAGAGUGGAAGCAAUAGUUUGCACAUUGCUGCUUUUAUUGCUAUUUUAGCUGCUAUUCGUGAUGUUUGUAAGCUUGUGGUGAAGGAGCUCACUAGCUGGGUGAUUUUUUCAGAUGAAGAACGCAAGUACAAUAAAGAUAUUACUGUUGGACUUAUUAGGAGGGAUUUGCUGAACUUGGCUGAAUAUAGUAUUCAUAUGGCAAAGCUUCUUGAUGGAGGAAGGAAUAAGCCUGCGACAGAAUUUGCUACUUCCCUUCUCCAAGCGUUGAUGAAUGAAGAACCUAAGGUCCUAUCAGAGCUCCAGAUUUUAGUUGAAACCCUCACAAAGCUUGCUGCAAGGCCAGAGUCUCCUGAGAUGUUGCAGCAACUAGUUGAAACUGUGAAGAACCCGGCUGCUUCUGUUGGUUCCAUUACCAGUCCUAGUAUUGGAAAAGAUGAUAAGAACAGACAAACAAGAGACCAAAAGGUCCCUCUAUCUGUGGUAAGUAGGGGAGACUACAGCAAUGUUGAAGUCAUGGAGCUAGAUGCGGGCUUUCAGAAGCAGGUUUCUCUUCUUUUUGCCGAGUGGUACCGUACAUGUGAAGCUACUAGUGGAAACGAUUCUGUUGGAAAAUUCAUUUUAAAACUGCAUCAUAGUGGUUUUCUUAGAGGGGAUGAUAUUACUGAUCACUUCUUCCGUAUUCUUUUGGAAAUUUCUGUGUCACAUUUUGGUGAGGUCACACAAUCAUCUCAGCAAGUGCAGUCUUCCUUCCUUGCCAUUGACAUUUAUGCUAAACUAGUAUAUUCAAUAUUGAAGCAUUGUCCAGUGGAUCAGGGAUCUAGCAAAUUCUUCCUCUUACCAAAGAUUUUAUCGGUAACCGUAAGAUCAAUUCAAAAAGAUGCUGAUGAAAAGAAAGAGGACUUUCAUCCAAGACCAUAUUAUAGGCUAUUCAUUGAUUGGCUUUCGGACUUCCCUUCAUUAGAUCCUGUGCAUGAUGGUGUUAAUUUCCAGAUUGUUUCAGCUUUUGCAAAUGCAUUUCAUGCUUUGCAGCCCCUUAAAAUACCUCAUUUCAGCUUUGCAUGGCUUGAGCUGGUUAGCCACAGGACUUUCAUGCCUAAAUUGCUAGCUGGCAACUCUCAGAAGGGGUGGCCUUUUCUACACCGCUUGUUGGUGGAUCUGUUCCUGUUCAUGGAACCUUUCUUGAGAAAUGCUGAAAUGGGAGAUUUGAUACGCUUUCUGUAUAAAGGAACUCUGCGAGUACUGCUGGUGCUGCUACAUGAUUUUCCAGAAUUCUUGUGUGACUAUCAUUUCAGUUUUUGUGAUGUUAUUCCUCCCAGCUGCAUACAGAUGCGAAAUAUUAUUCUCAGUGCCUUUCCUCGCAACAUGAGACUUCCUGAUCCUUCAACUCCAAAUUUGAAAAUUGAUUUGCUGGAAGAGAUGAGCCAAGCACCUCGCAUAUUAUCCGAAGCUGAUGCAGCUCUGAAGGCAUAUCAGAUGAAAGCUGAUGUUGAUGAGCAUAUUAGGACAAGGCAGCAACUUCAGACAAGGCAGCAAACGUCUCCAUUCUUGAGUGAAUUGAAGCAGAGAGUAUUGCUUCCAUCUAAUGAAUAUCCACAUGCUGGGACUCGUUACAAUGUUCCUCUAAUCAAUUCACUUGUGCUCUAUGUUGGGAUGCAGGCAACUCAGCUACUUGAAGCACAAAAUCGCUCCCAACCUCACUCGGUGAACAGUGAUCCUUUGGUAGUUAAAGGAGCUUUAGAUAUUUUCCAAACAUUAAUAAGGGAUUUGGAUACAGAGGGUCGCUAUCUGCUUCUAAAUGCGAUUGCUAACCAGUUGCGUUAUCCAAAUACUCACACACACUACUUCUCUGUCAUCCUCCUCUACCUAUUUUCUGACUCGCACCAGGAAAUUAUUCAGGAACAAAUUACUAGAGUACUGUUGGAAAGGCUAAUUGUUAAUAGGCCACAUCCGUGGGGACUGCUGAUUACAUUCAUUGAACUAAUCAAGAACCCUGGAUACCAUUUCUGGAAUCGCUCCUUCACUAGGUGUGCACCUGAAAUCGAAAAAUUGUUUGAAUCGGUUUCUAGAUCAUGUGGGGGGCCAAAGCCUGUUAACGAAAGCUUGAUCGGCUCAGGAGGAUUGUCCGAUAACGCACAUUAAUUCAAUUUUUUAAACUGUUGUGUAGGGUUAGAACUAAGAAAAAUAGUCUGUAACAUGUAAUUUGAUCUCUUUUUGUACAACAGUGUGAAUAUACAUAUUUGGAUUUAGUAGCAUAACAGAUGCGUAUGACAAGUA